UAUCCGAUUCUUGCUGCCAUUGGAAUCACAGCAAAUUUGUUGGCGAUUGUGAUCCUCUCCCGAGGAAGAUGUGGUCUCCUUGGAUGCAUCACUCGGUAUCUGGUGUCCAUGGCAGGGGCGGAUCUCCUGGUAGUUAUCAGUGCUGUCAUAUUCAAUCGGAUUACUGGCAUUUAUUUCCCAGUUAGUUUUAUGUCCAUGACUCCAGCCUGUACUAUCAGUACUGUGAUCAUCUAUGCAGCCACAGAAAGUUCAGUCUGGUUAACUGUUGCUUUCACCGUUGAUCGAUUUAUAGCCAUUUGUUGCCAGAAUCUGAAAGCACAAUUUUGCACAGAUAGAACAGCGGCUGUGGUCAUAGGAUUAGUCGGUUUGUUGAGCUGCUUAAAAAGUAUUCCCUGGUACUUUAUGUAUGAACCACUUUACAUAAUUAACAACGUGCCAUGGUUUUGUAAUGUAAAAUCAAGCUUCUAUACUUCAGUAGCAUGGACAGCCUAUGAUUGGUUUGCACGUGUUUUAAAUCCGGGUCUGCCUUUCCUCCUGAUUUUACUGCUCAAUGCUCUGACUGUUAGACACAUCCUUGCAGCCAGUAGAGCCCGCAGGCGGGUACGGGCCAAUAGUAGCAGUAGAGAAAAUCAGAGUGACCCAGAGAUGGAGAGCCGGAGAAAGUCCAUUGUUUUACUCUUCACCAUCUCAGGAAGCUUCAUUCUCUUGUGGAUGACGUAUGUUGUAGAUUUCCUCUAUGUGAAAAUUACAAAUGAAUCUUAUUUCUCAGGUUCCAAUUUCAAUGAGCCAAGAUUCAUUCGGCAAGAAAGUGGAAACAUGCUUCAGCUCUUGAGCUGUUGCACCAACACUUGUAUUUAUGCCGUCACUCAGAGAAAAUUCAGAGAGGAUUUGAAGAAUGCAGCAAACUAUACUUGGAAACGAAUUGUUAAGAUAAUGCAUUAG